AUGUGCCACAGAUUAGUUCAAAAUUUCCAAAAUAGGCUUAAUAAUGUGCAAACACCGUUGUCUUUGAAUCAAUACGAUAAAGGUAAUUUGAAAUUCAAAUCGUGUGUAUAUUUUGCAAAUUGGUCAGUAUAUGAUAAAAAGCAUUUUCCAACAAAUAUUCCUGCUGAAUUAUAUACUCACAUAAACUAUGCAUUUAUAACAAUCGAUGAAAAUUCGGGAAAUUUAAAAUUCACAGAUACCUGGUGUGAUUUAGAGAUGGAAAUACUCACUAACGGUGUGAAAUGUAAAGGAAACUUACAACUGUUUUAUCAAUUGAAAAAGUCAUAUCGUAGUUUGAAACUAAUAAUGUCAAUUGGAGGCUGGGGAACUUCUCACUUGUUCAAUGCAAUAAUUUUAGAUUCCAAGAAAAUGUCGAAUUUUGUUGAUAGUGCAGUUGAAUAUGUAAAAGAAUAUGGAUUUGAUGGAAUUGAUAUUGAUUGGGAAUUUUGUGGUGAACAUCAAGGUUGGAAAUAUGUUGAAUUGUUGAGAAAUCUAAGAAGCAAAUUACCUUCGAAGUUUAGUUUGACAGUGGCCGCUCCAGCUGGAUUAGAACAUAUAAAAUGUUUGAAAAUAAGAGAAAUGGAUCAAUAUCUAUCAUUUUGGAAUUUGAUGUGUUAUGAUUUUUCAGGCAAAGCAUGGUCCACCAAAACAGGCUAUCACUCAAAUUUAUUUGGAAAUAAUGGAGAUAAUGAUUUGAAUGCCGCUGAUGUUGUACAAAUUUAUUUGGAAAAUGGAGUAAUACCUUCGAAAUUAGUAUUAGGACAACCAAUGUAUGGAAGAGCAUUUUACGGAACAGUUUCAAAUUCAAUUGGUAAUACAUUUAACAGAGAUAUUGAAGGGGAAGACACUAUAGAUUAUAACAAAAUAUUAAGCGGAGAUUUUGAUCAUAAAAAGGUUAGUGCAUAUUCAUACGAUCCUCAAACAGGAUUGUUCAUAGGUUUUGAUAAUCAACAAAGUGCGAAAAUAAAGGGACAAUUUGUUAAAGAAAAAGCGUUAGGAGGAGGAAUGUGGUGGGAAUCAUCUGGAGAUAAAACAGGAGAGGCUUCAUUAGUUUUCAACUUUGUAAAACAGUUAGGUGGCAUUGCAGCUUUAGAGAAGUCAGAGAAUAAUAUAUCUUAUCCAGAUAGUAAAUAUCUAAGAAACUUACAAUAA